AGUGUAAGGAAAACCAGACAUCACACUCAGAGACAAGGCACUGUUACUACUACACACACUCCCACACAGCACAGCAUCCACACGGCUGUGAUACUACACUCUCUGGCCUUUCCACUGAACUGACAACCUGAACACUCCAUUGGACUCCAUUGGACGAUCGCUGAAAUGGACUGAAACAGAGAGGAUCCAAGUGGAAAAAGAUGGUUCGUUGGUGGACUUUUUGACUGUGCGUUUGGUUCCAGGUUAAAUUGCAUCGAAUUAAAUCGCAUCGAAGAGAAGUCGCCUCAACUAUUUUUUUCAAUUUUUUUCAAUCAAACUGUUCCUAAGGAGGCUCUCACACUCAUAUAUAGUUAGAUUUUUCGACUAUCCUCCCCUCUGCGCUUCAGGAGUCUGUUCCAGUCUCUGCCUCUCAGGUGGUUGUGUUUUUCAGGGUCCAUCUCCUGCCACCCUCCCUGAUGCUGACAGAGCCGUAUGGGAUGAUGGGGUCCAUGGGUUCCGAGGUGCGAGACCUGAGCUCUCUCUUACCCCUGGUGCCCUCUGUACCCUCCCUACCAGUGAGCAGCGGGGGCUGUGGCCUGCCCGUUGGGGGUGCCCCUCAGUGGGCACCUUACCUCGACCUCCACCCUGGCUCUCCCUAYGGUUCCCUGCCCUCCCACCACUCCCUCAUCAAGCAGGAGCCCGGCUGGGGCUCCACGGACCCUCUGGAGGACCCUCACUGUGGCCUGGGGGCCUUCACGUUGCACUUCUCUGGCCAGUUCACUGGGACAAGCCCCUGUAGGGUUGGGGCCUUCGGUGAGCCAGCUCCAAGCCAGUCCAGGGUGUUUCCUAAUGGAGCUUACCUCCCAGGCUGUGUGGACAGCCCGCCAACCCACAGGAACCAGGGUUAUGGGACAGUAGGUCUGGACGGGGCUCCCAGCUAUGSUCACACUGCGUCUCACCAYUCCCCUCAGUUCUCCAGUCAUUCCUUCAAACACGAGGACAUCCUGUCCCCUCCAACUACCAUGGGUGACCAGCAGUACCCUGCCCCUCCCCCUAUGUUUGGUUGCCACCCCUCCUCAGAGAACUGUCCAACCAGCCAGGCUCUACUGCUGAGGAACUAUAACAG